AGAGACGUCGAAAUCGGGGUUAGACUGUCGUUGGCCGACAAGCAUAGGAAAAACGAGUUGCAACAGAUGAUCACCGGCGCCCAUCUAUCCAUUUACGGAGUACUGGUGCCCCCGAAUCGCCAGAAUUUUAUCAAUGUUGGCCAUUGCGCCGCACAGUGUUUUAAAAAUUCAAUGCCAUCCGAAGGGAUUACUAUAACACAUAUUUACCCACAUUUUCAUCAUUUUGGCCGCAAGUUUCGUACCCGACAUUUCCGGAACAACGAAGAGUUGUCCAAAAUUAUAUCAAUUGAAGCGAACGGAUCGACGGAGGGUUUGGCCUAUAGAAAGCUUAGUCCAGAGGUUAGACUCACGUCCAACGAUAUAAUCACCACUGAAUGCACAUACGAUUCCACCUCAACCUCCCGGACCCUUAUGACUGACGCGACAGAUGUGGCCGACGAAGAGAUGUGUCUAUCAUUCUUCAUGGUAUACCCGCGUCUAUAUUACGGCAAACCAUUACCGCAAACGUGUUUCAGUGGCUUCAAUGAGAGCACUCUGGCCAAGGCGUCCGGCGUGGAGGACGAGCUGACCGGCUAUUGGCAUACGAGUCAACCAAAAAUUAAACAAAGUAACCGACGCCUGUCCAGAGUGUUGCAGGAGAAGACCGAUUGGGCCGAAGACAUACAGGAACUGAUCCAUUACUCGAAGAAGAGGAUCAGAUGUAAUAUGUUUGAGAGUAACAAAGAUGAGAGCAAUAAUAUACAGUUUAUCAACUACCCCGAUAAGUACAUACCGGAGCCAUUGCUGCCCAAAUAUGGCUCCGCAAAGGCAGAUAAUAGCAAAAACAAGCCUAUUUCGAGUCCAAGCAGUUCCAGCGGUUCCGAUAACACCGAAUCGAGUUACUCGAAGAAUGAUUGGAGGGCUAAAUGGAUGUAUUGGCGCCCUAAUAGCAGAAGUAGGCAUUUUUGAUUUAAUUCUAGCUC